AUGGCUUCGACCAGCUCCCCCACCAACUUCACUCGCAGCUGCCACAGCAACAGCGAAGACACCUCAACUGACGGUCCCGUCUAUACACCAUUUGGUCGCAAUCUCGAGGAAACCGCGAUGGCCGAGUGGCCCCCGAUGCUGUCAUUGACCACUGAUCGUGCCGUACUUGAACAAAUGUCCAGUAUGAUGGGCUAUUCGCCCGAUGAGAUUGAAGCUGAAAUGCAGAAGGAGCUGGAAUUUUUCUGCGGACAUGGCGAUAUCAAAUCCCCAGCUUCGAAUUUCUCUCUCCGCGCCACCAAUCCUUCCUUCCACAUCCCGACAAACAGCAAUGAGCUCGGCUACGGCUACGGCUACGGAUGCGAUGGAAGCACCGAACACCUGCCGCAAUUCAUUGACCCUUCGUUGACUUUCAAUCCUGGAUACGGACUGGAAACCGGUGUUUCUUCUCCCACUAAUGGCUCUUCUUUUCCCUCGACUCACGCUGGCCGAAUGGACGUUGCUUGUACCGCCGAGAUUUCGCACCAUGAAGCUCAUUUUCCGGAGGCGUUUCCCCUUUCUGGCAACUUUUCUUGCAUCCCAAUGGCCUCGCCUCAGCUGAGCCCAAUGGUCCCAAGCGAUCUCCCCGUGAUGGCCUAUGGCAAUCCUCGACCCAUGAGUCCAGAUGCUACUGUUUCUGUUUCUGACGGAAUGAUGACCCCGGGAAAUCCCCGUCAGUCAACCACUGCGAAGAGUGGCGACAAUCAUGGCUCCGAGGCCUAUGGAAUGGUCACCCCGGCCAAGUCUCGCAAUUCAACUCCUGGGAAGCGUCACAACCCAACUCCUGCAACGCCUUGCAGACAGACCCGUGCGAUGACUGGGAAGCGUUCUUCACCUGCCACUCCUGCCUCUGUCAUUUCCGAUGGAACGGACAGCGAUUGUGAUUCUGCAGUAUCGACUCCUGUUGUCACAAAGGGCCGGAAUUACAAGACUCCGACGCGCCCGAGAGCACCAAGACGCUCCACAGCCAUAGAUAACUUGCCCGAAAUCGCAGCUGUGGAGGUCAUGGGGUUCGCAUUCAGUGAUGUCCAGAAGAUGCAAGCGCAGGGCCAAUUGCCGCAUCCGGUUUUCUACACCUCUCUGGAGGAGGCCAAGCGUGAUCAAUUCGAUCACCUUCGUGCGCACGAAUAUGAUAGCACCAUUCCAACAACCGUGAUCGAAAAGCAAGUCCUGGUCGGCUACCUGAUGAAUGCCAUGAAGGACAUUGAAGUCGCCGACGAUGGCAGCAAGUCGAUCAGCCCAUGGAAGAAGGGAGCGUAUUCCGACGAGCACAUCGAGCAGGGUGCCUGGAUCGAGCUGGAAGACAUCAUUCUCGCCCAGCAGAGCUUGGAGACCUUCGUUGGCUCCGGUAGCCCGAAGCGCCGAUACAAGACCUUCGGCGAUCGGUACAUGUCGGUCUUGGCCUAUCUCAAGACGUCCAAGAACAUGGCCAAGCGCGUCGUGAACCCGACUGGCCAGAUGGCCAUUGCGGACAACGCGGUCGCGGUCCGAGAGGGCAUCAAGCAAAACAAGGGCGUCAAUAACCGGAAGGCAGAGCGCCUCGCGAUGCAAAAGGCCCUGACGAAGAACAAGACGCCCGAGGAGAUCCAGGAGACCAUUGCAUCUCUUGCGAACGAGGGUCCCUCGAAGCGCUCGUCUUCCGAGCCACCGAAGGAGGACAGCCCUCCUAAGCGUUCGAAGAAGAACGCGGGCAAGUCAUGA